CGGGUGUCGCCUUGAUAUAAAGAAAUGGAGAUAUGCCGGAGCCUCGAAAAACAAGACAUUCCUGAUGGCCGUUCGACCCACAACCCCCACUCUAGCCACUUCGUGAAAUUUCUCGCUAACAAACAGACUAGGGUUAUCGCGGAUUGACGCCACUGCAGAAAACGGAAGGUCUAUUGAUUUGGUUGCCGAGAAAGAUCGAUAAUGUCGGUGUUCAUUGCUGAGUUGAAUGAAGUCCUGAUCAAAAGAGCUAGGGGAGGAUGUUACUCGGGAUUCGAGGUGGUUGGGAGUUCAGGGUUCAGAAGCACUCUAAGUUCUUAGAGAAUAGUGUGGAGCUCUCUGCUGAUAAAGUUAACAAGAGGGGUCUUUGUGCCAUUGCUCAGCGAGUUGGUCAUCUAUACGUGCCUGUCUCGUGUCUGAGGAUGACUAUAUCUGGAAAUCCCAUCUAUUUUGGAGUACAAGGAACAAUUUCAUUUCUUUUGUGA